GAAUGGGAUUUUCAAUUCACACCAGCCCUAGUUGUAUCCAGACUCCAGAGCGCAGCGGGUCGGCACAUCCUAUGGGCUGGCCCAGUGGGUUGUCCAUGGAUUGUAACCCAGCCGUUGAGUCCAAACACCAAACAGGCAGCCUCGUUGCUCUUGGCUCUUGCUGCUGCUGCAUCAGCUGCAUCUUCAAGCUGGAAGCACACAAAGUAUGAAAACUCGAGGGCUUCUGUGGAGCAAUCUGAUUCGCGUGAUCAGGGAACAUGAAUCUGUCUCCUUCAUUGCUUCGAAUUCGCAGAAUCGAGGAUGCUUUCCGCACUCGAUAAUGGCCAAAACUUCCCUCUCCGUAGUCCGUUCAUACUCCACUGUGGCAGAAAAAUUGCAACCUCAAAUGUCAAAUGAACUUAUCAAGAUCAUGGAACAAAGACUGUCAGCAAUUGAGCACAGGAGUGCUUGUCUUCAAGGACUCUUGAACCAGCCAGAAGCCUCACCAGCCGAGUAUUCAAGGGCUAAUAAAGAGCUUCGUAAACUUAAGAGUUCAACUGACCUUAUAAACGAGUUGAGGGCCAAACAGAAGGAGAUUGAUGAUUUGAAGUCGCUGAUGGCUGAGUGUCCUGAAGAUAAAGACAUGCUUGAAAUGGCAGGUGAAGAAUUAGGCCAUGCCGUGGAGGAAGAGAAUAGACUGCAGAAACUGCUGUUGAAGUCAUUACUUCCUAAGGAUGAUGCUGACGAAAGGGACUCCAUAUUGGAGGUGAGAGCAGGAACUGGAGGUGAAGAGGCAUCCUUGUUUGCAAUGGACAUAUUUAAGAUGUAUGAGAGAUACUCACAGAAGAAGGGUUGGAAGUUUGAAGUGGUAGAUAUAACAGAAUCUGAUCUAAGAGGAUACAAGGAAGCUAGUGGAGCAGUCUCAGGAGCUGAUGUGUAUGGGAAACUUAAAUUUGAGAGUGGAAUUCAUAGAGUGCAGCGAGUUCCUGUGACAGAGAAGUCUGGACGUGUGCACACUAGUGCUGUGUCUGUUGCUAUCCUCCCUCAGGCAGAUGAGGUUGACAUCCAGUUGAGAAAUGAAGACUUGAGAAUUGAUACUUACAGAUCUGGCGGUUCAGGAGGUCAGCAUGCAAAUACUACUAACAGUGCUGUUAGGAUAAUUCACAUUCCAUCCGGAUUGACCGUCUCAAUACAAGAUGAACGAUCCCAACAUAUGAACAAGGCCAAAGCUCUUAAGGUGCUUCGUGCAAAGCUAUAUGAAAUGGAAAGGUUUAGAAUCCACACAAAUAGGUCAAAACUUCGGUCAGAGCAGAUUGGCAGUGGGGAUAGAUCUGAACGCAUCCGAACUUACAACUUUCCUCAAGGUCGAGUCACUGAUCACCGGGUUGGCAUCACCCACCAUUCAAUAAAUGAUGUGAUGCAGGGAGAGAGUCUAGAUGUCUUCAUCGACGCUCUUCUUUUGCAGCAGGAAAUGGAUGCAAUUGCUUCUUUCAGCACCACAUAGUGAUGCCAUUCAAGGUUUCCUUUACAACAAUCCUCUUGCCCCCUCUCCAUCUUCAAUCCCUCCCUCUCUCUAUUCAGGGUGUUUGUACUGUAAGCUCAUAACUUAAUGUUAAUUGUUUGUCACUGUUUGCAUCAUAAUUACUGUAUUCAACUUGUUAUUUGAUGAGAAUUAACAAGCACCAUUAAAGGAUC